AUGUCUUUCUUACGGAACUCGAUGCGACGCUUUCGCCGCACCCAGAUACAUAAUGUCGAGACGAUUAAAUCGCAACCUUUGGCAGAGCUUUCCGGCUCGCUGGGCGACCUCGGAACUCUGUUGCCGCUCAUGACUGCGUUGGUCUUGACGAACUCGAUAUCCUUACCCUCGACUUUACUAUUUACCGGAGCGGCAAAUAUCCUGACAGGCCUUGCGUUCGGGAUACCCCUGCCUGUGCAGCCCAUGAAAGCUAUCGCAGCGGUAGCUAUAGCUCGACAGUUUACCAUGGAAGAGAACGCCGCCGCAGGUCUUGUUGUUGCGGGCUUAGUAGGCGUGUUCAGUAUCCUGGGCCUGAUCAACUGGGCGAACCGCGUUACACCUAUCCCAGUGGUCAAAGGAAUCCAAGUAGGAGCAGGUCUAUCGCUGUGCUUGAGCACCGGAACGAAGCUACUUUCCUCACUCGAGUGGACAGGUCCUUGGUGGGGCGAUAAUCUGUUUGUGGCGGUUGCAGCAGUUGUCCUCUUACUGUUCACGUUCCCGUAUCCUAGGGUGCCAUAUGCUAUGAUCAUCUUCAUAGCGGGUAUCCUAUUAUCAUUUGCGUCUCCACAAAGCGAAGAUGUCCAUGUGCCACGUGCCGCGAUUCCCAUUCUUCAUCCCUCUGGCAAGGAUUUUGUGAAAGCAACGACAACCGCAUCUCUAGGUCAACUACCUCUUACGCUCCUAAAUUCUGUCAUCGCAGCAUCAGCGCUCGCGUCUGACCUCCUGCCUUCCCCACCGUACCCAGCUGCACCUACGGUUACCGAGCUAGGCAUUUCCGUCGCUGCGAUCAAUCUCGUAGGUUGCUGGUUCGGAGCCAUGCCCGCCUGUCACGGCUCCGGAGGACUAGCGGGUCAGUUCAGGUUCGGCGCGCGCAGUGGCUCUAGUAUCAUCUUUCUAGGAAUCAUCAAAUUCGUACUCGGUCUUGUCGCCUUCUGGAAAUCAUCAGCCAUUAUUGGUGUGCUUCACAGCAUCCCCAAGGCACUACUCGGUGUCUUAGUUCUUGCUGCUGGCGUGGAACUAGCCAAGGUCGGUGAGAGCAUCAACACGGACGCUCGCGAUCUUCGUGUGUUGGACAGAGACAUGACAUGGGACGGCAAGAGAGUCAAGGACCUCGAUGAGCGGGAUAGGAAGGAUAGGUGGAUGGUCAUGCUUGUCACUGUGGCUGCUCUUCUUACCUUCAAGAAUGACGCAGUUGGUUUCGUCACUGGACUAGCAUGGCACUGGGGCUUUGUGGUUGCGAGAAGGAUUGAAGAUCGGAGGACUGGACGCACAGAAGGCCAUAUAUGGAGAAGUGUUGGGCAUAGCCGGGAUGAAGGUGCUGGAUUGCUCGCUCAUACAGAGUCUGAUACUGUUGCUUAG